AUGACUUGCAUCAAUAAUGAUGCUAGAUCAAUUCAAGGAUCAGUUGCUAUGCAACAGUCGCCUAUUAAUAUCGAAGAAAACUUACAUCCAAAUCUAAAUACACAUGUAGCAACCGUACGUAGCAAGCAUACCAUGAAGCAGGAAACAAAAUUAAUACCGCCAUGGAAUCUAAAACGUUUUUACUGGUCAAUAUCAGAUUCAAUGGUUCGUGCCAUUGGAUUUUUUAUAUUUACAUGUAUUAUAAUGACCACUGGUAUCUUAAUCGUUUGUUUUACUGCACCAAAAUCACACGAACAAAAAUGUAAUUUCAAUAUUUCACGAACGGCUACAAAUCCAAUUGAAUACAACUAUGGCCCACGAUCUGUUGCUGUUGGUGAUUUGAACAAUGACACUUGGAUAGAUAUGGUCGUUGCUAAUUCGAUUGUUAACACUAUCAGUAUAUAUUUUGGAUAUGAAAAUGGUACAUUUAUCAAACAGAUUGAAUAUUCAACUGGUUUAGGCUCCAGUCCUAAUAUGGUUGCAGUUGGUAAUCUUAAUAAUGAUUCUAUAUUAGAUAUUGCAGUUGCAAACUUUGGUACUAAUAAUAUUGGGAUAUUUUUUGGAUAUAAAAAUGGAUCUUUUAUGAAUCAAGUACACCUCUCAACUAACAGAUCGCGUCCAAUAUCAAUUUGUUUAGUUGAUUUGAACAACGACACAGUACUUGAUAUUGUUACCGUUAAUUCUGGAACCCAUAGUAUAAGUAUAUUCUAUGGUUAUGGAAAUGGAAUGUUUUCGAAUCCAACAAUGUAUUCAACAGGUUAUGACUCACUUCCAUAUGCAUUAGCUGUUGAGGAUUUCAACAAUGAUAAUUAUAUAGAUAUUUCCGUUGCAAAUUAUGGAACAAAUAAUAUUGGUCUAUUUCUUGCUAAUAGGAAUGGUACUUUUGAACAACAGAUAACUAUUUCAACGGGUUAUGGUUCUCAUCCAUCCUCAAUAGCUGUUGGCAAUUUCAAUGAUGAUACAUUUGUUGAUAUUGCUGUUACCAAUUAUGGAAUAAGCACAGUCGGUGUAUAUUUAAGCAAUGGUAAUGGAACGUUUACAAAUCAAAUGAAAUAUUCUAUAAAUUCUGGCUCACCAUGUUCGAUUGGUGUUGGUGACUUUAAUCAAGACAAUCAUUUAGACUUAUUCAUUAUUACUAUUGGUGCUAAUAAUACAGGUCUACUUCUUGGAUAUGGAAACGGUAGUUUUUCGAAUGCAAGAAUGAAUUCAACUGGAUCGACUUCAUCGAUCUCUUUUGCUAUAUGUGAUUUCAACAAAGACAAACGAUUGGAUGUUAUCGUUGUUAAUAAUGACACUAAUAGCAUAGAUAUUCUCAAAGGUUACUUCGAAGGCUUUUCAUUACCCAAAUAUUAUUCGACUGGAUAUUACCCAUAUUCUAUAGCUCUUGGUGAUUUUAAUAAUGAUGGUAAACUAGAUUUAGUUACUGCUAAUUAUUUGAAUAAUUCGAUAAGUGUUCUUCUUGGGAAUGGGAAUGGUGCCUUCGCAAAACAAAAGACAUAUUCAACUGGUGCUUCUCCAUGUUUUGUAGCUAUUGGUGAUUUUAACAACGAUACUUAUUCAGAUCUAGCUGUCACCAAUUAUAAUAACAGAAGUGUCAGUAUUUUUCUUGGAUAUGGGAACGGUUCCUUUGCAAAUCAAAAAAGAUUUACAACUGGCACUUCUCCACGAUCUUUGGCUGUUGGUGAUUUUAAUAAUGAUGGUCAGUUGGAUUUAGUUGUUGCCAAUUAUAAUAGUUUAUAUGUGAGUGUUCUUUUGGGUUAUGGUAAUGGUUCGUUUGCAAAUCAAAUGAGAUAUAUAACUAGCACUUAUUCAUACUAUGUAAUUACUGGUGAUUUCAAUAACGAUACUCUAUUAGAUCUAGUUAUUACCAAUUAUGAUGUCAAUAAUAUAAGUGUUAUUUUUGGAUAUGGUAAUGGUUCGUUUGCAAAUCAAACAACAUAUAGAACUGGUACUAAUCCACGGUCUCUGGCUACUGUUGAUUUCAAUAACGAUGGUCAAUUGGAUCUAGUUGUUGCCAAUUAUGGUAGCAGUAAUCUAGGGAUCUUUCUUGGAUAUGGCAAUGGUUCAUUUGCAAGUCAAAUUCCGUAUGGAACGGCUUCACUACCAUAUUUUGUAACUGUUGGCGAUGUCAAUAAUGACACCUAUCUGGAUAUUGUUUUUGCUCUUUAUGGUAUUGACAAUGUAUAUGUUUUAUUUGGGUAUGGAAAUGGUUCUUUUGGAAACCAAAUCUCAUAUUACGUUGGCUUCGCAGGGUACUGGUUAGCGAUUGGUGAUUGCAACAACGAUAACCGAUUGGAUAUCGUCGUACCAAGGUAUGAUAGUAAUUAUGUUGGUGUGUUGCUUCAAUCUAAUCGUGGAGCUCUUGUAAAUGAAAUUACUUAUGCAUCAGCUGGUGGUUCUAGAUUGCGAUCUAUUGCCGUUAGUGAUGUGAACAAUGAUACUCGGCUAGAUAUUAUUGUUAGUAAUUUGGGUACUGACAAUUUAGGUAUUCUUUUCAAUAAUGGUGACGGCACUUUCAAAAGCCAAGUGUUCAUCGAUAUGGACUCAAAUUCUCAGCCAUCAGUAAUUACCACCAAUGAUUUUAACGGUGACACUCAAUUAGAUAUUGCUGUAGCCACCUAUAAUACAAAGCAAGUAGGUAUGUUAGUUGGAAAUGGGCGAGGAUUAUUUAUAAGUCAAGCAAUUUAUCCAGUGCCUUUAGCAUAUCCUCCAUUAACCAUUUCGUCUGGUGAUUUUAAUAAUGAUGGACGAUCAGAAGUCGUUGUUGGAUAUGGUGACGGUAAUAGUGUAGAUAUUCUUGUUACAUAUAACAGUGGAUCUUUUACAAAUCAAACGAUCUAUCCAACUGGCUCCAGUCCAUACUCUGUAGUAGCCCAUGACCUCAACAAAGAUAAUCAGUUAGAUUUAGUUGUUACCAACUAUGGUAGUAAUACUAUAAGUGUUUUUUUUGGAUAUGGCAAUGGAUCAUUUGCAAAUGAAACGAUAUAUCCAACCGGUAUUAAACCACUAUCACUGGCUGCAGGUGAUUUCAACAAUGAUGGUCAGUUGGAUCUAGUUGUUGCUAACUACGAUAGCAAUAAUGUCAGUAUUUUUUUGGGAUAUGAUAAUGGUUCGUUUGCAAAUCCAACAACUUUUCCAACAGGUACUAAUCCCUAUUCUGUAGCUGUUGGAGAUUUCAAUAACGAUACUCAAUUAGAUUUAGUUGUUGCCAAUUAUGGUAAUAAUAAUACUGGUGUUUUUCUGGGAUUUGGUAAUGGUUUAUUUGCAAAUCAAAUUACAUAUCCUACUGGUACUAAUCCACGAUCUGUGGCUGUUGGCGAUUUUAACAAUGAUGGUUGGUUAGAUAUAGUUGUUGCAAAUUUUCUUUCUAAAAAUGUUGGUAUUUUUUUUGGAUAUGGGAAUGGUUCCUUUGCAAAUCAAACGACUUUUCCAACUGAUUAUCAUCCAUACUUUGUAGCUGUAGGUGAUGUCAAUAAUGACACUCUACUGGAUAUCGUUGUUGCUACGGUUGGUUAUCGCACUGUCAGUAUUCUUUUAGGGUAUGGUAAUUGUUCUUUUGCAAAUUUCACGAAAUGUUCAGUUGGCAUUGUCCCAGAAUCUUUAGCUGUUGUUGAUAUCAACAAUGACGCUCGAUUAGAUAUCAUUGUCACAAAUAAGGGUAGCAACUAUGUGAGUGUAUUAUUAGGAUAUGGGAAUGGCUCGUUUGUACCUCAACUUACAUACUCAACAGGCGUUGCUCCACAAUAUGUAGCUGUUGGUAAUUUUAACAAUGAUACACUACUUGAUAUAGUUGUUACAAAUUCAGGUGAUAACAAUAUUAUGAUACUAUUUGGUUGGUUUAAUCAAGUUUUUAUAAAGCAAAAUGCAGUUUCCACUGGUAAAGAUUCUCAGACACGAUCUAUUGUUGUUGGUGAUUUUAAUAAUGAUAAUCAUAUGGAUAUUGGAGUAGCAAAUUCAGGUACUAAUAAUAUUGGUAUUUUUCUUGGAUAUGGCAAUAUUACUUUUACAAAUCAAACAACAUAUUCAACUGGUUCAAAUUCAUCUCCAUAUUUUUUAACAAUUGGCGAUUUUAAUAAUGAUACUCAAGUAGAUAUUGUUACUGCUAAUUAUCAAUCCGAUACAAUAAGCAUUUUUCUGGGAUAUGGUGAUGGUAGAUUUGCAAAUAAGACAUCUUACUCAACUGGUUCAUCUUCAUCUCCUUACUCUGUAGCUGUUGGUUAUUUUAAUAAUGAUACUAAACUUGAUAUUGUCGUGGUUAAUUAUAAUAACAACAAGAUAGGUGUCUUUCUUGGACAGGGUAAUGGUAUAUUCGAUAGUAUAAUGCUAUUUGCAAUGCCAUAUGGCUCUCAUCCAUUUUCUGUUCUUACCGGUGAUUUUAGUAGUGAUGGAAAAUUAGAUUUUGUCGUGGCAAAUAAUGGUACUGACAGUUUAAGUCUUUUUGUUCAGACUUGUUAA